AUGCCUCGCUUCGACGAUGCUGACUUUGGCGUCGAGCCUGCUCCUCCCGGUGCUCGUUCGCCCAGAGAUGCCCGUGGCAGUGCUUCUGGCUCUCUUCCCAUCCCCAACGAGGCUGGCAACACUGUCGAGAUCCCUGCCACCAGAAGCUCCAUCAGUGAUGCCGCUCAGUUCAUGCACAACCUGAGCUUGUCUCCCUCGAUGCGGGAUCGUCGGGGUUCUCGCAACUCUUUCGGCACUUCCCUCCCCAUCCCCAGAUCCCCUCGUGUGUCUCGCCUGUCUUCUGUUCGCAUGGCCGACGCCGCCUCUGUCUCUCGUGACCUCCUGGCCUCUCAGGUACAGGACAUGUCCAAGGAGAAGGUCGCUGCCGCCAAGAACAUGGCGUUCGCUUUCGACAUCGAUGGUGUCUUGGCUCACGGCAACCACGCCAUCCCCCAAGCCAAGGAGGCCCUUAAGAUGUUGAAUGGUGACAACGAGUUGGGCAUCAAGAUCCCCUACAUCCUCCUGACCAACGGUGGUGGUAAGACUGAAGCCGCCCGUUGCGAGCAGCUGUCCGAGAUCCUGGAGGUGCCUAUCUCGACGGACCAGUUCAUCCAGUCUCAUACUCCAAUGCAGGCAUUGUCCGAGUACUACGAAACUGUUCUCGUCCUGGGUGGCGAGGGUCAGAAGAUCCGUGAGGUGGCCGAGAACUACGGCUUCAAGAACGUUGUUCAUCCCAAGGAUAUCCUUGCUUGGGAUGAAACCGUCUCCCCAUGGCGCACAUUCACCGAGGAGGACCGCGCCGAGGCCAAGCCCCGCGACUUCUCCAAGAUCAAGUUCGAUGCCAUUCUCGUCUUUGCCGACUCUCGCGACUACGCCACCGACAUGCAGCUGAUCAUCGAUCUGUUGCUGGCUGAGGACGGCAAGAUGCUGACCCGCGCCAAGGACCCCGUCUCCUCUCGCAUUCCCAUCUACUUCUCCCAGGGUGACUUGCUUAUGCCUACCGACCACAAGGGUCCUCCUCGGUUGACUCAGGGUUGCUUCCGUAUCGCCAUUGAGGCGCAGUACAAGGCUUUGACUGGCGUUGACCUGGAGCGAGUUGUCUACGGCAAGCCCGAGCGCGCCACCUACACCUACGCCGACGAGGUGCUCAAGGCCUGGAUGGAGCAGAUUCACAACGAGAACCGUCUGCCCAAGAACAUCUACAUGAUUGGUGACAACCCGCAGUCGGACAUCGUUGGUGGCAACAUGUACGGCUGGAACACCUGCCUGGUGCGCACCGGUGUCUUCCAGGGCGGCGAGAACGACGAAAACAACCCGGCCAACUUUGGUGUCUUCCCCAACGUGCUGGAGGCAGUCAAGGCCGCCGUCCGCAAGGAGCUUGGCCAGGAGUUCAAGUUCAAGUGGAACCCCAAGGUCAACCCUGUCACCCACGGUGAUGGCUCUUCCGCUGUCGAAUAA